AGCCAAUCAGCGGCACUUGCGAAACGUCUGGCGUAACGCUCGCGCGUGAGAGAGAGAGCAGCGCGUCCUGAAGCCUCUGUCUGCCUGGCGCCGGCCGCUGUGUGAGGAGCGAGUCGGCUACUUUUUUUAUUACCAUUAUUAUUGUCUUCCCUUCGUCGAUUCACCGUAUCGUCGCCUGAGUCGUUAACGUCGCAGAGGCAGGUCUUCCACGUCUAGAGCCUCCCCCCCCUUAUCAAAAUGUCGGCGCAGGCCCAAAUGCGCGCCUUGCUCGACCAACUCAUGGGGACCUCUAGGGACGGUUCAAUGUAUCUAUGCCUGCCUACUUCAAUCCGCAAGGGAGUAUCAGAAAGGCCCCGCAUUCGCCGAGCCGUGAUACUACACGGCAGCGGAUCAAAUUUAACGAUGAAAGGGUAUGCAAAAGCCACCUGCUCAACUGCUGUCCUCACGACAUCCUCUCCGGAACGAGGAUGGAUCUGGGAGAAUGUCUUAAAGUUCACGAUCUUGCCUUAAGAGCUGAUUAUGAAAUUGCAUCCAAGCAGCAGGAUUUCUUCUUUGAACUUGAUGCUAUGGAUCAUUUACAGUCAUUCAUUGCAGAUUGUGACAGAAGGACUGACAUUGCCAAGAAGAGGCUGGCAGAUACUCAAGAGGAAAUAAGUGCAGAAGUUGCUGUUAAGGCAGAGCAAGUGCAUGAACUCAAUGAAGAAAUAGGAAAACUGCUGGCCAAAGCCGAGCUACUGGGAGCUGAAGGAAAUGUGGAAGAGUCACAGAAAGUCAUGGAUGAAGUUGAAAAGACAAGAGUUGGGAAAAGAGAAGCUGAGGAAAUCUACCGUAAUUCCAUGCCUGCAUCCAGUUUCCAACAGCAAAAGCUACGUGUUUGUGAAGUCUGUUCUGCCUACUUGGGUCUUCAUGACAAUGACAGACGACUGGCUGAUCACUUUGGGGGAAAGUUGCAUUUGGGAUUCAUUGAAAUACGUGAGAAAUUAGACGAGUUGAAGAGGCUAGUAGCAGAGAAACAGGAGAAGAGGAAUCAAGAUAGACUGAAACGUAGAGAGGAGAGGGACAGGGAAGAGAGAGAAAAACUCAAAAGAAGAUCUAAAUCCAGAGAAAGACGUAGACACCGCUCUCGCUCCUCAUCUAAGGACCGCAGAAGAAGAACUCGCUCUAAAUCCCGUGAAAAGCGACCACGGCAUCGUUCUAGAUCAGGUAGUCGCAGCAGAAGCCACAGCCAUCACCACAGCCGUGACAGGAGCAGAGACCGUAGCUCCAGAACAAAAUUGUGGAGGAUUGACCGGAAUCCCCAAGGGACGUGCACCGCUGAACUUGCUGUAAAGCGUCAUCCACAGAUAAAGAGAGACCGUCGAAAGAUAGAAGUCCCAGGGAUCAGUCGAGAGAGCGUGAGCGCAGGCAUAAGAAGCGCAGCUACGACAGCAGCAAUGGCAAGUCUGAGGGACGCAGCUCAGAGGAACUGGAGGCUGGAGAGAAAUGAUGCCCUAUAGUCUGGGUCACUCUAAAGCUGCCUCUGUUCUGCUUCAAGAGAUAAUGAUGCAAAGAAGACUGUUGUCACCUUGGUAGAGAAAUUGUUACAGUCUGAGUUUGGAUUUCCCUGCCCUUUUCUCUAUACCACCAUUGUAUUCCCAACCAUCACAUUGGAGUUUGGAUUUUGCUUAUGCAUUCAGCCUAUACAGUAUUGGAAGCUAUUUCUGCCCUAAUAAAAACAUCAUUUCCCCCUUCCACUGAA